AUGGCGGUUCAGAGGAAGAAGGACGGUGGGCCCAACGUGAAGUUUUUUGAGUCUGUAGAGACGAUCGCACAGUUCGAUUCUGUGCGAACAUGGCUCCACAAAAACUGCAAAAAGUACAUUCAAGCAGAACCGCCGACGAACAAGAACCUGGCAAGUCUUGUAGUACAGCUGCUACAUUUCCAGGAGGAUGCUUUUGGGAAGCAAGUCAGCAACCCAGCCCUGACAAAAUUGCCUAUGCGAUGCUUCUUAGAUUUCAAACCUGGCUUGGCACUGUGCCAUAUUUUGGCUGCAGUUUACAAAUUCAAGAGUGACCAAGGAUGGCGUCGGUUUGACUUCCAGCUGCCAUCACGCAUGGACAGGAAUGUUGAAAUGUUCAUGCAGAUAGAGAAAAGUUUGGUACAGAACAAAUGCCUAACUCUACCUCAUAUAUUCAUAAGACCUGAUAAUGACCGUGGGCUGAUUCCCAAACUGAAGGAUAUCAUCAAGCGUCACCAGGGCACGAUUGCAGACAAUCCUGAUGAUGCCACUCACAUCAUUCAUCCUCUUCCUGUUAACAGUAACCCUGAAGAUGAGUUUUUGCGACCUGUUCUAAAGAGAGAUCGCCACACAAUGGUCCACUGGUGGUACUUCCCUGACAGCUAUGACACCUGGGUUGCAGAUGUGAAUAUAGAUCAGGAUGUGGAGCCCCCAACCACACCCAAUGGAGCCUGGGAGGUGAAUGCCAGGUGGCUGUUGGAUUUGGAAGAGUUUAAUGAGUGGAUGAAUGAAGAGGAUUACCUUGUGGACGAGGACAGCAGCAGUGAGAGCAGUGGUGGAAAGAAGGGCAAGCGUAGCAGUAGCCGGGUCAAGCUCAGUCUUGAUGAUAUAACGCCCAGCCCAGACUCGGACAGGAGAGACAAGAAGAAACAAGGCAAGAGGAAGCGCUCCCCGUCACCAGGUGCAGACAAAAAGAAGAGAAAAAGCUUGAGGAGCCCAGCAGUUACAGGACCCAAGAAGAAAUCAUGGCGAGAAGAAGAAGAAGAUUUAACAAAAGACAUGGAGGAUCCUACCCCAGAACCUAACAUACAAGAAGUGCAGCUAGCCAAACAAGUACCCGGGUCACGGAGUCAAAAAGAUAGUGAGGUUCAGCCUGUGAAGGGUGGCACUAUGAUGGAUCUGGAUGAAGAUCAGGAAGAAAAGGUGGAGAAGGAUGAGGGGACAGGGACAAGAGAGGGAACACCAGCUGGGGAGGAAGGGAAGGAAGGGGAGAAGAAAGAUGAGCAGGACGACAAUGUUACAGAACAGACCCAUCACAUCAUCAUUCCCAGUUACUCAGCAUGGUUUGACUAUAACAGUAUCCACGCCAUAGAGAGGAGGGGGCUGCCUGAAUUCUUCAAUGGCAAGAAUAAAUCAAAAACACCUGAAAUCUACAUGGCAUACAGGAAUUUUAUGCUGGACACAUACAGAUUAAACCCCCAGGAGUAUCUCACAAGUACAGCAUGUCGGCGAAACUUGGCAGGAGAUGUUUGUGCAAUAAUGAGAGUGCAUGCUUUUCUGGAGCAGUGGGGCUUGGUGAAUUACCAGGUAGAUGCUGAGAGCAGACCCACCCCAAUGGGGCCUCCUCCAACUUCACAUUUUCACAUUCUGGCUGAUACUCCAUCAGGCCUUCAGCCAGUCAACCCUCCCAAGACAUCACAGCCAUCUGCAGCUCAGCAGGUGAUGAAUUUCACAGACAGGAACAAAGACAAGGAUGGUGACAAAGAGAGGGACCAGAACUUUGGGCUGAGGACAGAUAUGUAUGCUAAGAAGGCCCUUAAGGAUAAAGGCGCAGCCACUCGGUCCAGGGAAUGGACUGAUCAGGAGACAUUGUUGUUGUUGGAAGCUAUGGAGAUGUACAAGGAUGACUGGAAUAAGGUGUCUGAGCACGUGGGUAGCAGGACCCAAGAUGAGUGUAUCCUACACUUUCUGCGUCUACCCAUUGAGGACCCAUACCUGGAAGACGAUAAUGGUCAGCUGGGUCCCCUGACGUACCAACCUGUGCCCUUCUCACAGAGUGGCAAUCCUGUCAUGUCCACGGUGGCCUUCCUGGCCUCAGUCGUUGACCCAAGGGUAGCCAGUGCCGCAGCCAAGUCUGCCUUGGAGGAGUUCUCAAAGAUGAAGGAAGAGGUUCCGCCUGCCUUGAUUGACGCCCAUGUGCGCUCAGUGGAGGCAGCCAUCAACAGCGGGAAGGGAGGUGACGCCACAUUCGGACUGGAUAAGAGCGGCAUUGCGGGUACAAGCUCUGAUAAGGAAGAAGGUACCACAACCACAACAGAGGAGCCAAAGAAAGAGGCUGGGGAAGAGGAGAAGGAAACAAAAGAGGAAAAGACUGAGGAGAGCAUGGAUACUAGUGAAACCAAGAAGGAAGAGGUGGCAGAGGUGAAAAAAGAAGCAGACACCGAGGAAAACAAGGAUUCAGAAGAAGGCGAAAAAGAGAAGAAACAGGAAGAGGAUGGGGAGAAGAAGGAGGAAGAAGAAGAGAAGAAGCCUGAAGAUGGGACUGUAUCCAUUGCCAAGCCUAAAGAUGAUGGUGGUAACAUUGCCACUGCUGCAGCAGCCGCACUUGCUGCAGCUGCUGUUAAGGCCAAGCACCUAGCAGCUGUUGAGGAGAGGAAGAUCAAGAGUCUGGUCGCUCUCUUGGUAGAGACGCAGAUGAAGAAGUUAGAAAUCAAACUGAGACACUUUGAGGAGCUAGAAACAAUUAUGGACAGGGAGAGAGAAGCUUUGGAGUACCAGAGACAACAGCUGUUACAGGAGAGGCAGCAGUUCCACAUGGAACAAAUCCGUGCAGCUGAGUACCGCGCCCGGCAGAUUGCUGCUCAACAACUGGACAAGGAACAACGACAGCAGCAGGGAGAUCCAGGAGCUGGAGGACCUGGUGGUGCAAGUGCUGCAAGUCAGAAUCCAGCCCUAGCAGCAGCUGUGGCUCAGGGUUACCCCUCUCAUGGCUCACCCAUGCCACCCCAGGGUCCGGCCACCCACCCCCAAGCUGUCGCACACGGCUCUCCCGCUCCUCCGUCAGGGUCACAUCAGGCCACACCCAUGAACAGUGGAAUGUCUAGCUCAGCUCCCACACCACUGGGUCAGAGCUCAUCCAUGUCACCCAGCUACCCUAACCAAGGCACACCCAUCAGUCAUCAGAAUAUAGGCGGCCACUUCCCCUCCUCACAUUGCCAGGGUUUCACAGGGGUCACCCAUGGUCCCCCCAUGGCCAGCCACAUGCCUGCCAUGCCCAGCCCAGGGCCCCCCAUGGGAUCACCCCUGCCACAGAUGGGAAUGAGACCAAUGGGAUCAGGUACUCCAGGUCCUGAAGGGGAAAGGUUUGGCACACCUUCCCCAGCUACACCCUCCCCUAAACCAUAGCUCAUAGGGGUGGUAUUUGUCAGGGUCACAGUCUGUACAUCGUUGUUUUUGUUGUCUUCAAAUCACACCUCACAGGGGAGGUCAGCAUCAUGUCCGUACCACACCUACGAGAGGACACCUUACUCACAUGCUUCAACUGUCUUAGUACCAUUUGUACUUCCUGAGCUUUGUGACAUGUUCUCACUGUGUUGUUUUGUAUGGUAAAGGUAAAGCUGAGUGUAAAGUCUUGUAAGAAGUGUCAUGUGUUUGGAAAUGAGCUGCUAUGGUCAUUAUAAUUUCACAAUGAAAUUUUGGUAUCAAACGUGAUAAUCUGAAGCAGAAGUUAAUAAAUCUUGAUACUAGCGUCGAUCAUAUGAAAGCAGACCACAGUGGUCAGAGUAACGCAUUUUUCUACAAACAGGUUUGUCACUAACUGCCCGUCUGAUGCUACGCAUACAGUAAUCCUGCGUAUAUUUUCUUUUACCAGCGUUUGUCAGGUUAUGAAUUUCUAGAUAAUUGUUCCCUUCCACAUGUAUUGUUCUAUUUAUUGAAUCUCUCACAACCUUUUUUCAUUUUAAUGCCCUUCCCCUGAUUGUACAUUUCAUCAGUCAUAUCUUAUGUAAGAAAUAAAUACAUCUGUCACAUACA